AAAAGCACUUUCCAAUCUCAUUGACGUGUCGUAGCUAAAAAUAUAUUAAUUUCCUACCAGCAGUGAAAAUUAUUCCGUAAUUUUCAUCUAUUUUCCCACUAUAUUGGUGCACAAAUAAACCGGAAAAGCAGCGUACUACAACCGGAGAUGAAUUGGCAACGUAAUUUACUUCUACUGGUGGUGAUUGCAGUGGAACUGUCCAGUGCACUGUACUUCCACAUCGGCGAAACUGAACGCAAGUGCUUCAUUGAGGAGAUUCCCGACGAGACCACGGUCAUAGUUAACUACAAGGUCGAGCUGUAUGACCCACGAAGCGGUGGAUUUAUGCCAUCCUCUCCCGGCAUCGGAAUGCACGUCGAAGUCAAGGAUCCGGACGACAAGACCAUUCUUUCUCGCGUGUACAGCUCAGAAGGUCGUAUUUCGUUCACAUCGCACACGCCCGGCGAGCACGUAAUCUGCAUGUACUCGAACAGCACUGCCUGGUUCAGCGGUUCCCAAUUGCGGGUCCAUCUCGACAUUCAGGUCGGCGAACAUGCCAUCGAUUACGCCAACGUGGCCCAGAAGGAAAAACUGACAGAGCUGCAACUGCGCAUCCGACAACUUCUGGAUCAGGUCGACCAGAUUACCAAGGAGCAGAACUAUCAGAGAUACCGAGAGGAGCGAUUCCGCCAGACUAGCGACAGCACAAAUCAGCGGGUACUGUGGUGGUCACUGGCACAGACCCUCGUCCUCGUUACCAUGGGGUUGUGGCAAAUGAAGCAUCUGAAGAGCUUCUUCGAGGCUAAGAAAUUAGUUUAAUAAUUCGAUCGUAAUGUAUUGAAUGGUUCUUGUCGAUGGCGUCCUGUGAAGCAGCCGGAAUAGUGUUUAAACGUUAAGGACAUCAAGAACAAAGAGUGAAAGUAAUCUGUUUGUAAGAUUCGAAAUAAAUUUUGAGAUAUGGGGGAGCCUGCCUUGCAAUAAA